GCGACAAAGCGUCUCUCUCGCACUGUUUACAAGCAGCCGCGCUGGGAAGGAUCCGAAAGCGACCUCAGGGGGCGGGAUCGUGGGAGGAGGCGCUGGGGAUUGGCGGGCUCUUCGCAAGGCAGGGCUCGGCUGCCCCGCUGCCCCUUCUUCCCAGGGGGCGAGUUCUUCGAAAGGCAACCUCCGGGUUCCUAAUUUCCGUCUUCUGUUAGGCGCCUCUUUCUGGCGUGGUGGUGGAGGGAAGCUGGUGAAUCUGACUGAGCUGUGAAGGAGCCGCGCUGCACUUGUCAGGAUCCGGACCCAACAGCCUUUACUCCUCACGUUUGCUGCUUGCUGCAAGCAGAACCUGGCUGUUCGGAGGAGAGAGAGAGAGGAGUUGGCUUGGUUCCUGAGACUCUGGCUGCUGCAUCGUUACGUGGUGGAGUGGGUAUGAGAAGUUUGCAACCGGUUCUGCAAUGAGCAAGCAAGCUCUGCAAAACAAGAUGCCACCGGAGUUUAGAAGCAUGUGCGUCCUCCUGCCAAACCGAGACCAGGUCAAUGUGAUGGUUGGGGUAAAAGCCACUGGACAGGAACUCUUCGAGCAAGUUUGUGACGCACUGAGAAUUAAAGAUCCUCACUUCUUUGGCAUCAGUGUUGUAAAAAACAAUGAAUAUGUAUUCAUUGACCUGGAGCAGAAGCUUUGCAAAUAUUUCCCAAAGGAGUGGAAGAAAGAAGCAAGCAAAGCAACAGAGAAGUUCAGCCCUCCUUUGGUUGCUUUCUUCAGAGUACAGUACUAUGUUGAAAAUGGACGGGUUAUAAGUGACAAGGUAGCACGCCAUUACUACUACUGCCAUCUUCGGGAGCAAGUGUUGCAGUCCCGGUGCACUGACAAAGAAGAAGUCUACUUCCUGCUGGCUGCUUACGGCCUGCAGGUUGACGUGGGGGACUUCCAGGAGAACUUCCACCGAGGGAACUACUUUGAACCUCAGACUUACUUCCCACAGUGGAUUAUUGCAAGGCGAGGGAGUGACUAUAUCCUGAAGCAUGCUCCAGAGAUGCACCGGGAACAGCAAGGCCUGUCUACGAGGGAAGCCAUUCUGAAGUACGUCAAGGAGUCCUGCUUGCUGGAAGAUGUGCCUGUCCACUUCUACAGACUGCAGAAGGACAAGAAGGAGGAUCGCCCAACCAUCAUUUUGGGCCUGACUCUUAAAGGGAUGCACAUCUAUCAGGAGGUGAACCAUGUUCGCCAGCUGCUCUAUGACUUCCCCUGGUCACACAUUGGGAAACUAGCAUUUCUGGGGAAGAAGUUUGUAAUCCAGCCUGAUGGUUUGCCUUCAGCCCGGAAGCUAGUCUACUACACAGGGUGCCCUUUCCGGUCUCGGCAUUUGCUGCAGCUGCUCAGCAACAGCCACCGUGUGUUUCUUAACAUCCAACCCAUCCUUAAGCAGAUCCAGAUGCUGGAAGAUGCAGAAGAGAAGAAACGAUAUCGGGAAUCCUACAUCAGCGACACGUUGGAGAUGGACCUUGACCCAUCCGACAAGCAUUCGCACGGCAGUGGAAGCAGCAGAGGAAGUGAGAAGAACAACCGUCUGUCUCGACAGUCGACCGACAGCCAUGGCAGCUCUCACACGUCGGGCAUUGAGGCCGACUCAAGGCAUCGGAUUUCAGUGGAGAUGUCGGUGGAUGAGCCCUUUGGGAUGGAUCGGGUUCAUCGGAAGGAGAAGUCCUGCAGCUCAAACAUCAGCUAUGGAAGCUCUGGCAUUGAUAGCGGUGGCAAAGAGAGAGUCGAAGAGGACUCUCAGGAUGAUGAAGUUGAAUUGACAGUGGACGAGUCGGAAGAGGUGCCUGUGGAUGAGCCUCAGUUAGAGGACGUCAUACAUGGAAAACCUGUAGAUUCGUUUGCAAAAGAUGGUGUUUGCUGCCAGGACACAAAUCCGAACCAUCUUUCAGUAGUGCAAGUCACGUUAAUAAAGGUCAGAGGCCAGAGUGAGGAAUCGCUUCGCCAGCUUGCACAGCCCAAAGCUAUGAAGUGCCCGGACCAGCACAGCCAUAGUCUAGAUGACAUCCGCCUUCACAAGUGUCUUCAUCCUCCACUAAGUGCCACAUUAUCUUCAGAUACCUCACACAGCUAUACGUUUGGUUGCGCCUUAGAGGAUAAGCUGGCCAGCUAUGGAUGUGUUUAUUCAACAGCCGACUGCAAAACCAAGUCUGCCCUCUAUGGGAAGAGGUCCAUGAACUGCCUGUCUCUGGAUCUCUUGGGGGAAGAUCAGCUCCCGGAGGAAUUUGUGGUGUAGACACACUGGAGAAGCUUUCGGACCAUCUUGCCAAAGGUCACCUACAACAAAAGAAAAAAAGGAGUGACUGCUGUUCUGAUGGGAAAUGGAUACUGAUUUUACCUCAUCGUGUGGGAUCCUUUCCUUAUUGUUGCCCUCUCUGGUUUGUCAUUGUUGUUUGAUCCAGCAGAUCUGAUCAAACUGCAUAGCAUUUAAAAUGCUAUGAUUCCAGACUGGAUAACUGAGGAACGCUUCAGGAUAAUUGUUCAGGAACAAUUUUCUUACUGAAAAGAAAAAAUGAAGACCAGAAGUGGGCAAAAAACUGAACAUAUUCUCAGGACCCGGAAAUAUUUGCCUCCUGUUUUCCAAACUCUGGUCCAAUUUUCACCACUUUUUCUUCACACUGCUUCAGUAUGUGUAAUCCUUAGGGAUGUAUGUUUUCCUAAAAUGUGUCUCCAUCAACUGUCUGCCAUGCUCAAGCCUCUACUGCCAUUUGGCAUCAUAAGGAGCAGAAUCUUGUCUUCUCUUAAAUGCAGUUUUCCUCUCCCAGACAUGCCACUUGUCAAGUAGCAGUAUUGGAAAGAGUCAGAUAUCAUAUCUGAAACAUAUCUGUGACACGUGCCCCUCCAACUGUUUCUUUCAGAAAGAGGGGCAGACCCAGAGGAGAGGCAAAGUCUCAAAGCACUACCUCAGAAUGUAAAUUUGCCCAACACGUUUGAAUAAAAAAACCUCUUAUGCCUUCAUCUAGUAAAGGACCAUAGCAGCUUUGCUAGAUCAAGGUCAAUGCUCUUUGCCCAAACAUGUAUAUUUACUCAUAUCCAUCGGACAUAUUUAUAUCACCAAUAAAUGUUUUGGAGGGUGUAAUGUCA